ACUCCUCAUCCUCCCACUACUUCUGAGCCUACAUUGAAGGAGUUAUUGGAGCAUAUGACUAUUCAGAACAUUCAGUUCCAACAACUGAACAUGGAGUUUCAUUAGGAAUUAACUUCCCUUUAGAGUUUGACUGAUCAGAUGGGGCAGAUGACCACUCAGCUCACUGAGAAACAGUCUUAUGUUUCAGAGGAAUCACCAUUUCAGGCUGUUCAGCUUCCAGAUGAUGUUGAUGCCAUCCACAUAGGAGAUAGGGAGCAGAGUCACAAGUCUACUAUUGCGCCACCUACUUUCUCAUUCUCCUAUGCCCCUACUCUUGCACUUGAGGAGAUUAAUGAAGAAUUGGAGGACCAGACAGAGAUGAGAAACACUAUUGUGAUAGGAAAAUUUUGGAAACACAAUUUAGGACAUUUGAAGGACACCAAAUAAAUUCAAGACUCUCCAUUUAGACAUUUUAAAUUUUAGUUACAUUGUAAUUUAAUUAUUUAAACUUUUUGGACAAACUUUUGUGUAUUGGGCCCUUUUUAGUAGCAAAUUUGUAAAAGCCCAAAACUUUGUGAGACACAUGUCCUAUCCUAGGGUUUUAGGGUGGACCCCACCCCAUUUUUUGGAGGACACAUGAUCCUAGAAAACAUUCAGCAGCCGUCACAUGGAGGAAUUCACUCACACUCUCUCGGCAGAAAUAUUUUUGGGAGGUCUCGACUGGAACGUUGCUUUGCUUUUUCCAUGGAGCUUAUAUAUGAAUUAUGGGAUGAUGGAUGAAGAAACGAGAGCUCACUGAUUGAAUGCUAACUGCCCCAUCUUUCUAAGCUGCCACGGUUUUCUUGGGAAGAGAGAAUUGUUAUUGAAUUGUUUUUUUUGGCUUUGAAGAAUGAAGAGAAGCGUUGUUGGCAGAGGCUGGAGGAAGUGAUGUUUUAUUUUAUUUUUGGUUUUAUUGAAUGAAAAAAAAUAAAUGGAGAGAUGAUGGGACAUUUGGUGGUAGGUGUUCACUUUUUUUUUUUUGGUGUCACAGUUUUGAGGUGUAGAGGUCAUUCAACCUUUUCAUUUUUUUUGCAAUUGAAACACACUUUUCAUUUUUUUUAUUUGAAUGAAGAAGCACGGUGCAUUAAUUAGUUGAACAUGCCACGAUUUUGGAAGAGAGUUUAAUUUAAUUUUGAAGCAUGAAUUGGUGCAGCAGUCGGGUUGUUCCAGAAGUCGCACAACCUAAGGUUUUUUUUUUUUUUUUUAGUUUAAGCAUUGUUCUUUA